GGUCGGGCGCAGGCGAACAUGGAGGUUUAGUUGUCGCCUGGUAUCCGCUGGAGAAGGAGGGCGCCUCGCCGAACCGUGGUUUGUUUUCAGUUUUCCUUUGAUAUACUUAGUUGUUUUGGGCUCUGCGCGGCUUCAACAUGGAGAUGAAGAAGAGGAUCAGCCUGGAGCUGAGGAACAGAAACCCAGCGGAGGUGGCGGAGCUGGUGGUGGAUAACUGUCGCUCCAGCGAUGGGGAGGUUGAAGGUCUGACAGACGAGUACACAGAGCUGGAGAUCCUCAGUAUGGUGAACGUCGGCCUCGCCUCGCUCUCCAAACUGCCCUCGCUGCCCAAACUACGCAAGUUGGAGGUGAGUGACAACGCCAUCUCGGGAGGUAUGGACAAGUUGGCAGAGAAAUGUCCCAACCUGACGUACCUGAACCUGAGCGGGAACAAGAUCAAAGAGCUGAGCACCAUCAAGGCUCUGCAGAACCUGAAGAACCUGAAGAGUCUGGACCUGUACAGCUGUGAAGUGACCACGCUGAACGACUACAGAGAGGGUGUGUUCGAGCUGCUGCCUCAGCUCACGUAUCUGGACGGAUACGACCAGGAGGACAACGAGGUGCCCGACUCCGAGGCUGACAACGAUGAGGAGGAUGAAGGCGGCCCACCUGAAGACGAGGAUGAUGAAGAGGAUGAGGAGGAUGAGGAGGAAGGCUCUGACGGGGACGAGGAUGAGGUCGGCCUGUCGUACCUGAUGAAGGAGGGAAUCCAGGAUGAGGAAGACGAUGGAGACUAUGUUGAAGAGGAGGAGGAGGAUGAGGAGGAAGAGGAAGAUGGAGAUGAGGAUGGAGCCGGUGUUCGGGGGGAGAAGAGGAAGAGGGACGCAGAGGAUGAAGGUGACGACGAUGACGAUGAAUAGAUGAACCACCUUCACACACUGAAACACCUGUUAAACCCCCCCCCCACCCCAAUGCUCCUCCGGUGACCUCUGACCCCGCCGGGCGCCGCCGCCGCCUCCCAGCUGCAGACAGACAGGAAACACAGCCCCGAGAUCAGGUCCAGGAUCAGUUAUCCUCCGACUCAUUACCACAUUUCAUUACCUGCACACAACUGAUGAUGUCAUCGUUAGCCCGGUAACGUGCGAUCAGAUCACUGAUCAGUACUUCAGGUGGAGCCAGACCAUGCAUCGGUGCCGCUGUACUCCAUCUACUCCACCAACGGUAUGUGAGGGAAGUAAAAUCAGCUCCACCUGGUGCUCAUCAGUUAAUCAAUAAUCAAUGAUACGACAUCCAUAGUAACACUGCGUAUUUUUACAGUAUAGUAAGGAGUUGGAUUCUACAUCAGCUCACUGCAGUUACCUCCACCCACAGACAUGUUGUCAGUGAUGAAAAUGUUGAUUCAUUGGAAAAUUGUACAACAGAAUAAAAACGCAUUUUGUUUUUACAAAGGAUUUUAUCCGUGAGGAGAUGCUGGAGUAGAAAACCUGGUGCUUUUCUUGUUUUGGUAAAUGCAGUGAAGAAAACUUCUUCCACCUCUGGAUGUUUUACACCUGCAGGUGUGUUUGAUCUGGUAGUUGAUUGAUUGAUUAUCGCUUGGACCAGGUUUAAGAAUCCAAACCGAUUCACGCCCACGCCGUCUGUGGUUUUCAUCUUCUGACUCUCGUUUCUUUAACGUCAGACUGUGGAGAGGUGAUCUCUGGACAUAACGUAGAAGAGUAGAAUCCUGGACAGAAAUCAGGGUCUGAGUUAUGAUUUUAACGCCAUGUAAAUGAAAAACAAGUCUGGAACAAGUCUGUUUUCUUAGCUGGAUUUCAUCUGUCCAGCAGUUUUAGUGAAUCCAGUUCCAAUCUGCUGAUAGAAAAUGUCCACACUCUCUUCUCUUCCAGCCACAUCUGUCCUCUCUGAACACUCAGUUAACUUUCUGAACCAGAAUUUCAGGUUGUUCAGGAAGAAGAAUUUCACCUUUUUUCCACUAACUUUGGUCUGUGACUCUAAAUACUACAUUACCCUGUUACUAUGGAGACGAUUCCAUCCAGAGCUGUGACAACGGAGUCGGCCACUCUAGGAUUGGUUGAAUAUUUUUUUUUCUUCCUUACAAAAACGACUGUUAUUGCAUUAACCCUUUGUUUCAACCCCGCCCCCCUCACCUGUCACCUGUCGGUCUGCGGCUCUCUGCUCGGGGUCGGCCCGGCUCCUCCUGGUCUCUGUGGAUCCUGGUCUCUGGUCUGUGUAAAUAGCGGUGAACUGGUCUUUGUAGGUUUCUGUGGUGUCGUCUUUUUGAACCUGAAUUGUGGUGUUGAGUUUGAAACGUGAAGCUGGAGCGGACGCUCGUCCUCUUUCAGCUCAUUUUAUUUUUUUAUUCCUGUCGUCUCAUCGUGUCGCUGUAACCAGAGUGUUUUUGAAUAAAAACAACUGAAUUCUC